CGCGCCGUCGUGACGUAGUAGCACGGGGGCCAUCGCUGUCGGCAGAGUUCCCGUGAAGCUAGCCGGUUGACCUUGCUGCUCCCCGUUGACCGCGAACGACCCGCAGCGCGACGACUCAGCGUUUAGGUGGUAGAUGCCCGCGUGUCCGAUGGCAGUGGUCCACAGCUCCGGUGUCAGGUUGACCAAAGAACAUUUCCUGGUUGCCGUGCCGGUGGCGGUCCUUUCAGCGGCCGCAGGUUUUCUCCUCAGCCGUUACCUGAGCAGCCGGACCUGCAAGAAGGGUCAUGUGAACGCGUCGUUCAGCAAAGACAGCCCCAAAGUGGUGCACAGCUUCGACAUGGAGGACAUCGGCACCAAGGCCGUGUACUGCCGCUGCUGGAAAUCCAAAAAGUUCCCGUUCUGCGACGGCGCCCACACCAAGCACAACGAGGAGACCGGGGAUAACGUGGGGCCGCUCAUCAUCAAAAAGAAAGACGUGUAGCGCCACGACGCAGACCAACCCGUCCCGCACCGACUGCGUUCCUGGGCGGGCCGGGGACUGCGGCGGUCGCUGCAGUCAGAGCUGGGGGGGGGGGUUGUUCUGGGACGGUCACCCGUGCGCCCCGUCCUGGCUGGCUCCCCCGCGGUGCGGAGCAGGCGGCUGACAUAUGAAAUCCUUAAUUCUUUGCUUCAUUGGUCCAGUAUUGAUGUUGGUCUCGGCACAGGCCUUAUCUUUGUGAGAUGAACACAGCAACCCAUACGAAUGUCAGCUAAGAUCUUCAGUUUGUUUUGCUGCCUAAUCGAAGCGUUUGUCUUAAAUGAAGAAACACUACCUGCCGUCUGUGACCCCCCCCCCCCCCCAGCUCUCUGAUCAAACUGUUCAUGCCUGAAGGUUCAACGUUUAGAGAAUCUAUUUGGCACCUUCAUCAGAAUGAUUUCCUAUUGACUGCAGUGUGCUUGAGUCAGUGUGCUGUAUGUUGUUAAUAAAACAUGUUGAGUGAUCUAA